UAAGUUGAGGGAGCUCAGGGGCAAAAUUGCAGGCCAAAGGGUGUUAAAGUUCUGGAUUUGGAUGUAUUUGAAGCUGUGAGAACACGACAGUCCAAAAACUAGUGGAGGAAGUUAAAAACCAAGCAGUAAUGAGUUUGUGUUACUGUCUGUCGGCAAUAAUAAAGAGUUAAUAGCCAAAAUUGAUGUAGUCCCACUACUCCAACUGUCAGAACUCAUUUUUUUUCUUCUCUUCCCCUUCUCAUUUCCCAUUUAGUAGUCACUUUCCCACUUUGUUCCACUGAAACACACACAGCAACAAGACUACACUGCUAACUCUCUUUUUCUCUCGCUCUCUCUCUGUAUCAGGUAACUCACCUCGCUGCUGUCUCUCUUUUGAGUGAUUUGGAUCUAGAAGGGUUGAGAGGGUGGUAACGGGCGAUUAAUGGGUUCUAAAAGCAAUCCAUCGGGCCAUAGAGGACGAAGGCCCCUGUCAAUAUUUGCGGUGCUUGGUCUGUGCUGUUUCUUUUAUCUUUUGGGGGCAUGGCAAAGAAGUGGGUCAGGGAAAGGAGAUAACCUUGCUUUGAAAGUUAACAAGAUGAUGACAGACUGCACUGUUUUACCCAAUUUGAGUUUUGAAUCCCAUCACAAUGAUGUAGAAAUUGUUGAACCUUCUGAGCCAAAAGCUAAAGUAUUCAAGGCAUGUGAUGUAAAAUAUAGAGAUUAUACACCUUGCCAAGAGCAAGACCGAGCAAUGACAUUCCCAAGAGAAAACAUGAUCUACAGGGAGAGGCAUUGCCCUGCCGAAAACGAAAAACUGCGGUGCCUCAUUCCAGCUCCUGAAGGGUACACAACUCCUUUUCCCUGGCCUAAAAGCCGUGAUUUUGCCUACUAUGCCAAUGUUCCUUACAAGAGCCUCACAGUGGAGAAGGCUGUUCAGAAUUGGGUGCAAUUCCAGGGAAAUGUUUUUAAAUUUCCCGGUGGAGGGACUAUGUUUCCUCAAGGAGCAGAUGCAUAUAUUGAUGAACUUGCAUCAGUUAUUCCAAUUGCAGACGGGUCUGUCAGAACAGCACUCGACACUGGUUGUGGGGUUGCGAGCUGGGGAGCCUACUUGCUAAAGAGAAAUGUGCUGGCUAUGUCCUUUGCUCCAAAGGACAACCAUGAAGCACAAGUUCAGUUUGCUCUAGAACGAGGGGUACCUGCUGUUAUCGGUGUUCUUGGCUCUAUCCGUCUUCCAUACCCAUCAAGAGCCUUUGAUAUGGCCCAGUGUUCUAGAUGUCUAAUUCCAUGGACUUCAAAUGAGGGCAUGUAUCUAAUGGAAGUUGAUCGAGUGUUAAGACCGGGUGGAUACUGGAUUUUGUCUGGCCCCCCAAUUAAUUGGAAAACAUACUACCAGACAUGGAAGCGAAGCAAGGAAGAUUUGAAGGCAGAGCAGACAAAAAUUGAGGAGUUAGCUGAAAGUCUUUGUUGGGAAAAGAAGUAUGAAAAGGGUGAUAUCGCUAUUUGGAGAAAGAAAAUAAAUGCUGAAUCCUGCAAAAGAAAGUCUUCCAAUUUAUGUGACUUAGCUAAUGCUGAUGAUGUGUGGUACCAAAAAAUGGAGACAUGUAAAACUCCAUUACCUGAGGUAAAUAACAAAAAUGAAGUGGCUGGAGGGGAAUUAAAGAAGUUUCCUGCUAGGCUUUUUGCAGUCCCUCCUCGAAUAGCCCAGGGAAAUGUAGCAGGGGUUACAGCUAAAUCUUAUCAAGAAGACAACAAAUCAUGGAAAAAGCAUGUUAAUGCUUACAAAAGAAUUAAUCAAUUGAUUGGCACUACUAGAUAUCGGAAUGUGAUGGACAUGAAUGCAGGUCUUGGAGGAUUUGCAGCUGCACUUGAUUCACAGAAGUCUUGGGUGAUGAAUGUUGUGCCCACAAUUGCUGAGAACACUUUGGGUGUUGUCUAUGAGAGAGGUUUGAUUGGCAUUUAUCAUGACUGGUGUGAAGGCUUUUCCACAUAUCCAAGGACAUACGAUCUUAUUCAUGCUAAUGGUUUAUUUAGCUUGUACCGGGGCAAAUGCAACUUGGAAGACAUCCUUCUGGAGAUGGAUCGCAUCCUAAGGCCUGAAGGAGCAAUCAUCAUUCGGGACGAGGUUGAUGUUCUUAAUAAGGUUAAGAAAAUUGUGGGAGGGAUGAGAUGGGAUGCGAAAAUGGUGGAUCAUGAGGAUGGCCCUCUUGUGCCUGAGAAGAUUUUGGUUGCUGUGAAACAAUAUUGGGUUGCCACCACCAAAAAAACCUCAUCUAAUGACGAAUAAAACUGCCACUGUUCUGCUGUGAAACUUACACCUCACACCCAAAAGCAAAGAACAAAAAUGCAAAGAGAGGAAGAAGAGUAGAGCAAAGAAAAUAGAAUGUUGGAGUUUAUUCUACGUCUGCCUUAUACCAAGUGUAGAACUGUAGAUAAAAUGGUUCUAAUUAGUAUUAAGUAAAUUCAUUUUCAAGGAUAUUUUUAAGCCCAAGAUGUUGUUUUUGAUGAAUGUUGGUGAUGUUAGAAUAUUCAAAUAUUGCAAUUUUAUUUAUUCUAUUGCUAAGUUAAAAUGUUUGCGUUCA